UUGAUCACAAUACAGCAAGUACAAUUAUCUAGGUAUUUCUAGCCAUGAUCUUUAAAUUUUCAAAGUUUUCAUGACAAGACUACGCAUUUCCUUCUUUAUUUGAAGCAGAUUCUCAAAAAUUACAUGAUAUUAUACUACUUUCAGCACCCGCCACAAAUCCCUAGUAACCACAAAAGAUGGCGCCCCUUCGCCAUCGACAAAGUCUCUCAAAGGAGAAGUUCUCCGGAUAUUUUAGCUCUUUGAAGACCCAAACCUAUAACGACCCCGGUACAAGAGGUGCUGGCUCGCAUAGGUAUGUCCCUAUUCCACUUGCUUGUUUACCCGUUCAUGUGCGAAAAUGCCCAUGAAGGCACAUGAUAUGAAAUCGUGACCGCUGAUUCUUUGUAUAGUUUGAGAAGCAUUGCAUGGUCUCCAAUGGGCAACCUGAUCGCUACUGGGGCGGCGGAUAAGACCCUGAGAGUCUGGAAUCCUGAGAGACCUUCAGUGAAUUACUCCACUCAACUUGUCGGUCACAGUGCUGGAAUCGAAAAGGUGGCUUUCAAUCCAGUAAAAGACGCUGAACUUGCUAGUGUGAGCAGUGAUGGUGUAGUCAAAUUUUGGGAUGUCAGAACGAAAGCUGUGAUCAACGAAGUCAAAGGAUUAGGUGACGCCUUUACGCUCGUCUGGAGCCCUGAUGGCGAGAGUCUUGUUGUUGGUAACAAGGUAUGCAUGCUUCUACCUGUAUGAAUAUGUGCAUUUCCUAUGAACACAGCGUUCCCAAUAGUCCAUGCUGCAGUCCUGUAAUGUGGUUUUCAAUUCUUGUCUUCGAUUGAAAUAGUCAAUUAGUUUUCGAGCAUUAAAAAACUCACAUCUAGACUGCGUGGUUCGGACUAUUGGACCUCUGUAUGAACAUAGCUAAGCCGUUGUCUGACACUAUUUAAGAAAGCUUGAGAUUAUGCUGUAUGUUUUAAACCAGAGCUAAUCAUUACUUAGGCUGAUAACAUCUAUAUACUCUCCCCAACACAGUCAACUCCUGUCGCCUCGCAUCAGCAGCCAGUGCAGACAAACCAGAUCGCUUUCUGUUGGAGUGGUAACAAAAUUUUUCUUACAACAGGAGAAGGUCGUAUCAAGAUUCUAUCCUAUCCAGACUUUAAACCUGUCUUUAAUAUGACUUUUGAGGCUUCACAACCUUUCACCUUAAAUGGACAUACGUCCUCUUGUCUUUCUGUAGAGAUGCAACCAACGGCAAGAUUCUUGGCAAGUGGGGGCUCAGAUUCUAUCAUUGCACUUUGGGAUACAACCGACUGGAUAUGCCAACGUACUCUGAUUGAUAUGAUAGGCCCCGUCAGGAGUAUAAGUUUUAGCUUUGACGGAAGCUAUAUCGUUGGAGGUAGUGAUGAAGGCACAGGACUAGAAAUUACCCAUACUGAGACUGGAGAGCAUGUGUACACGGUCAAAGGUGGCCCUUGCCCGGUUGUCGCCUGGCACCCAAACAAAUACAUUCUAGCAUAUGUGGAAAACGGUGGCUUGAAGAUUAUCGGAGUCGAUUUAGAAAGGAAGUAAAGACGGUGGUCUUAAGAAAGGAUUAAUAAGCUUUCUGCAAGGGGUCGACACCCAUGAUGGAAGCGCGGGGAGGCAUACACGAGAAGAGAUUUGGUUGAAAAGCCACUGAAAAGUUAUUGCCGCAGAAGGGAAGACGAAUCACUAUUACGGUACCGACAUAUAUGUAUAUUUUCAUGAAGUAUGUUGCUCGCGAUGACCUUGGCACUAGCUUGUCCUUCGGAGGAUUGGGAUCAUAUGUAGUGCAAUUUGAGGCGAUAUUGUCUAGACUCCAAGCACAGCACCGUUUACUAGCAUAUAGCGAAUAUCUAAGGUUCAAAUAUUCUUGCGUUCUUGACACCAGGCUUUUGGUUUAUCUGCAC